AUGAGCAGUCUUGCUGGAAAGGUUGUGGCUGUCACCGGGGCCGCCUCUGGCAUGGGGUUGGCCACCGCCGCCAGACUCUACGCACACGGAGCCCGGCUCUCGGUGGCCGACAUCAACCAGGAGGCGCUCAGCAAGGCUGUCGACCAGAUCAAGGCCAAGGCCACAGGUGGCACAUCGUCUGGAACCCCCGAGAUCCUCACCACCGUGGUCGAUGUCCGACAGAGCAAGCAGGUCGACGCGUGGAUCGACAAAACAGUGAAACACUUUGGGCGACUGGAUGCGGCGGCCAACAUCGCCGGGGUGCUAGGGAAGAAUUUCGGGGUGGGAGACUUGACUGAGAUUGACGACGAUGAGUUUGACUACAUCACCUCGGUGAACUUCAAGGGUGUGUUCAACUGCCUCCGCGCUGAGCUACGGGUGAUGGAAAAGGGCGCGAGCGUGGUGAAUGCCUCCAGCACCACCGGCUUGGAGGGCCAUCCCAAGAACUCUGUCUAUUCAGCCACCAAGCACGCGGUGGUGGGAUUGACCAAGAGCGCAGCUGGUGAGGUAGGAGCUCGUGGCAUCCGUGUUAAUUGCGUGGCCCCUGGUAUCAUCAGAACACCCAUGGUGGCAUCCUUGGAUGCCGACAAGCUGGACUCGGUCUUUUCUAGGGUGCCUCUGGCCAGGGUGGCAGAACCGGACGAGGCUGCCAACAUCUUCACCUUCUUGCUCAGUGAUGAAGCAAGCUACGUGACAGGAUCCGCAUUUGUGGUGGAUGGAGGGAUGUUGUCCUAG